AUGAUGCAAAAGUCAUCUUUAAAAUCAAGAUAUUAUACAGCAAAAGUCACACAUUCAAGAUUAUUUCCUAUAAAACAUUCUUUUUUAUAUGAUAUUUUCUAUUUUAUUGUGGAUUUAGACGAGCUGGAGUCAGGUCAAUUGAAUAGUAGUUGUUUUGGUCAUAACAGUCUACGACCUUUCUCAAUAGAUGACACCGAUUACAUGGGAAAAGAGAAAAGAAAUAUUAAAUCAAAGAGAGCACUCUGCUACAGAUCAUCGUUGAGAUUAACAAUACUUUUGGUGAGACACAUCUCUAUUUCCCACGUACCACCUCCAGAGACGAACAAACGCCUCAUUUUGCCAUCAACAAUGAGCCAUACCUCACUUUUGCCGAACAAAACAAAGAUUUUCAUGUCAGUCCUUUCAAUUCACUCGAUGGAUCGUACAUCUUUUGCUUCUCUGACAUUCGCACCUGCUUUGACAUUAGAAUCAACCUGUUGUCCAACUUAA